UUAUUAAAUGAUUUGAAUCAUGAAUGAGUCUUUCGUUCCUAACAAUCAGCCAGAGACAAAAGUGAAAGCAGUGAAGACUUCAAACGUUUAAAGUUUGUUGCGUCAUUUGACAAGUUGAUUGCUUCGGAUGUCUGAGAAGCAUUUAGCGUAGUAUGCAACUCUGCGUGAGAAUACAUAGUUCUAAAGUCAAAACACAUCUAAACAAACGUUGUGGAAAAGUGAUGACGUCAUGUCUUCUGUGUCCACUACGGUAGCCUUCUACACCAGGAACUCAGGAACCGUAGGACACGUCUGUGGAGAAUUAUCAGAAUACGUUCAGAACUUGUCCCCCUCCUAACUUGGUAUAACCCUGUUUGUAUAGGGUCUCAACUGGAGACAAAGCACUAUAUUGUCUUGUGAGAAAGUGGCGUCAACUUGCGACGGGUGCCUCAGAUCAAUACUCUCCCACAUGAGCACACGGAGGUGGACUGACAGACAGCAUCUCGUGAACUCUCCACUACACUGCUAGCACAAUAACAAUGAGGAACAUCAAUCAAUAUGGAUCUGUUCUUGAGAUAGUACUGUUACUAUCAUUUCGUGAAGCAUAUUCCGAUGAUAUCUGUAGUGGUACCAAGACUCACCUCAACCUGAAGACGUACCAGGCCAAGCUGACCAAGGUUGACACGUACAUCAACUGCAUCAGCAACUGUCAAAGAGUCCUUCCAUGCAGAUCCUACACCUACAAUACAACAAACAGACGAUGCUCCUUGUUUGGUGGGAAUGGUAAAUCCUUCUCAGAGAUGUGCCAAGAAAGAGGGUACACAUUCCUGGAAGACAGCCUUUCCUGUGUGAAGAUAUACACACGUGGUUCCCCGUGGCUCAAGGCGAGGAGGAGUUGCAGGAAUAAAGGAGCCGAUCUUGUAACGGUUAAAGAUGAGACGAAACAUAGGGAGAUCGCCAGCUUGAUGAAGCAGUAUCAAACAGUGUGGAUAGGUCUCCAUGAUCAGCUCCACUCCAACACGUUCCUGUGGGUGGAUGGUUCGCCGCUCGUCUACACAGCUUGGGAGCCUGGCCAACCGAGUCACUCCUUCAGGUGGAGACAGGAGAACUGCGUCCAGAUCUCACACACUCAACAAAAGGAGCCUCUAUGGAACGAUGGUGGGUGCAAGUAUUCUCGAAAGUUCAUGUGUGAGAUCAACUUGAGUGUCCUGAAGUAA